GCUUCAUCCGAAGCGUUACCUAUUUUCCCAUUGAUUUAAUUGGUAACAUUAUGAUCUUGCUGUCAAGUUAAAAUCUUUUUAUGAUUUUGACGGCGUGGUAUGAGACAAGUAUCUUCGUUCUCAAACGAAUACAUGCUUGCUCUUUUUGCUUCUGUGUAAUCAUUUUUCGUUUUGUUUUGUAUUUGCUUUUUGUUCUUGAUGCUGUACUUGUUUUGACAUUCAUUUAGGAUGAAUAUAUUUUUUCUUCUUAUGGGGUACAUUCCAGUGGAUCUUACACGGAGAACGUAAUAGGCGUCCCAUGAUGCCGUUCGUACGUGUUUUCAACAUGGCCGCGCGGCACGCGAGAUAGGAAAGAACGAAAAAAUCCAGCAUGUUUCGUACAAGUUUGCUUUUAAAUUUACGAAUUUUACAGGGAAGGAAUGCUGUGGUGUUAUUCUCCCAUGUUAACAGAUUAAGUCCUCGCUUGGUGAGGGUUUCCUCGUCGGAGACUAAAAGCAGUCCAAAAAGAAACAGUGACCCCCUCAUUUCUCUGCUAGACCGCACGAAAAGUGAUGGAACAAAUAGAAAUUUGCUGGAAACGUUCGAAUAUUUGCAGAGGGAGCACAGGAAAAAGCCGACGGGAAAAAAACUGGUCCGUUCCUUUGGCAUCGUGCGAAAAAUACAAAUGGAGGCCGAUGUGGAGCAGCUGCUUGAGUUGUAUGACUUCGUGAAGGAUGAGGAAAAUAUCGAUCCAGAUGACGCAGCGACGAUUUCUGUUCAAGUUGCUCUUUUUCCCCGCUUUGCUGCUUUAGCAGGAAAGGGGGAGGCACACACGAUUACCGACUUCCACCGCGUGAAGGAGGCAGCUGAUAAUCUUCUGAAGACAAUGAAGAGGAGGAGCCGCGAUUUUGAGCCCGCCCAUCUGGCAAGUGCGGUGUGGAAUAUUGCAGCUUAUGGAAUCACUGACAAGUCAUAUUUCAUCCAUUUUGAGAAAGAAAUUAGGAGCCGGAAUCCGAGCUUAUUUACCCAUAGGGAUCUGUCUAUGAUUAUGUGGGCUUAUGGUAAAGUACAGUUUCGGGCAUCUUUGUUAUACAAGAAGCUAAGACAUGAAAUCAUGGCUAGAGAUCUGGCAAGAUUCACAGUUGAGGAAAUGUGCAAUAUUGUGUGGGCCUAUGCACGGACAGGAGAGCCAAGUGCCAAGCUGUUUUUUGUGCUGAAAAUAGAAAUUUUGAGACGGGAUUUAACAGAAAUUGAGGAGAGUUCCCUUAUCGUAAUUCUAUGGUCCUAUUCUGUGAUUGCUGUAAAUAUUAAACCUCUAUUUAGGGCAAUCAAAUAUGAAAUUUUGCGUCGUGGACUUCACUGUUUCACAUACAGGCAGCUGUCGCAGAUUGUAGGCUCUUAUGCUCGGCAAAACAUGCACGCUCCUGACCUAUUUGAAACAGUCUCUUCUGAGAUCAUGCAACGUGGUGUGCAGAACUUUGAGCCAGGGUGGCUUGUCACAAUUGCAGACAGUUUUGCAAAAACUGAGAAUCACGAACAAGAUCUUUUCAAAAUCAUAGGAGACCACAUUAUGAGUGUUGAUCUUUCAGCGUAUGAGCCUCUUCAAGUUAUAAGACUUUUCUGGGCUUUCAUCAAUGCCGGCUUCCUUACAAAAUCACUCCACAACAAACUAACAAACCAGAUACUUCUUUGCGACUUUCCAAAAUUAAAGGACGUAAGCCUGGAAGAGCUUGUAAAGGCGUUAGAGAACAAUGACUUCAAGGCCCCAGAACUUGUGGCAGCAUUAGAAGCUGAACUUGUGAGGAGAUCAGAGGCAAAAUGUUAACAAAGAGCAACAUAUGCAUCAUGAAUAUUCAUAGAGAUGGUUGAUCUGAACAAAAAGCUAGGAAAACAGUACUUCUGACAUUUUGACCUUUAAUGCUGCAAUCAUAUUAUCUCAAACAUUAAUCCAGAAAAGUUUGCCUGUGGGUCAAAUCUCCAGUAAAAUAGUCUUUAGGUCUCUAAGAUUAGUUAUUGUAAUUGAAAAUUAUAGGUACCAGGCAGCAAACGAGUAUUUUAUUUUCAUUUUGAAUAAUAAUACAUUUGGCGGUUGCCGAUGGUGACUAAAGAUAAUGCAGGCAACAAAAAUGAUUCACCUGAAGUUAACGAUCAUUGGUUCUCAUGUGACAGUUGACACCUCGAGGGAGCGUGGCAUGUUUGGGCUGGUUGGUAAAAUGUCUGGGAUUGCUUGCCCUAGCCCCUCUCCCUGCUCCUUAUUCUUUUGCACUCAGUUUCAUUCCCUUGGGGUAUUCAAAUAAUGAAUGCCUGCUGCGCAGGCUUGUGCAAAACCUAGGGAAAUUACUCUUUCAAUUCUUUCAAUUUUCCAAAUAUUGUGUACCUUUCCACUGGUCGAACAGAGUAUAUACUAAGACCCUGCCCCCUUUGUUGAAACAAGAAAUUGAAGUCUUCAUUCUGAGAGAUGCUCUUUUGGCUUGUCACACAAUUGUCCUGCCGCCCAAAUGGGAGAAAGCAAUUGUGUGACUAGCCCUAAGAGAGCCUGCGUAUGAGGUUAGGCUACACCCUCUUAAAUAUAUCAAGAUCUGUCUCAGGAAGGGAGACGAGACUGGACAAUCCUGUGUUACUAUCUGUUCUUACAAACUUCGUUAUUGCUUGUUAUCAUUGAAGAAUUGAAUUGAAUUGUGACAUCAUGCAGUAUGUGGCAUGCAGCACUUGCUAAUAUUGAGGAUUGAAUUAGUUUACGGAUCUAUUGAAAAGUUUGCAAUAGAAUGUCACAUGUAUGUAGUUUUAGCUCCCAGGAGGAAUUUGUAAAGUUAAGGUUACAGAAACCACUUGUUGUAGUUGCUCAAUUAAGUGCCAUCCUUGAAUAAGCAGCACUCUUUGAAAAUCUGUUUUUAAGUGCUACCCUCAAAUGAGUGUAUUCAAUUAAAUAGUUGAGUUCUAAAGCAAGCUCUGUGUAGCUACUAAGACUUUGAAAGGGGAAAGAAUGCCACAUUUUGAAAAAGUGUCAUAUCUGUUAAGACAUUUUUGAACUGUUUUGGAGAUGACAAUAAAAGUAAAAUUCUUUGAUCUUCUCAAAUUUCAGCAAA